CUCGGGCGGUGGCGGGCUCCGGGAUUGGCGGGUGCUGGGCGGGCGGUGUCAGGCUGUCGGUGGCGGCGGAGGCGGCGGAGGCCAGGGAGGAAGAUGUCGUAAUGAGCGAUCCACAGACCAGCAUGGCUGCCACUGCUGCUGUCAGUCCCAGCGAUUACCUGCAGCCCGCUGCCUCCAGCACCCAGGAUUCCCAGCCGUCCCCCUUGGCUCUGCUUGCUGCAACAUGUAGCAAAAUUGGGCCUCCCGCUGUUGAGGCCGCUGUGACGCCUCCUGCUCCCCCACAGCCCACACCCCGGAAACUGGUCCCUAUCAAACCUGCCCCUCUCCCCCUCAGCCCCGGCAAGAAUAGCUUUGGAAUCUUGUCCUCCAAAGGAAACAUACUUCAGAUUCAAGGGUCACAACUGAGCACAUCCUAUCCUGGGGGUCAGCUGGUGUUCGCCAUCCAGAAUCCCGCUGUGAUUAACAAAGGGACCCGAUCCAAUGCCAACAUCCAGUACCAGACAGUCUCUCAGAUUCAGGCGAGCAGUGGCCAGACCAUCCAAGUACAGCCCAAUCUCACCAACCAAAUCCAGAUCAUCCCUGGCACCAACCAAGCCAUCAUCACCCCCUCACCAUCCGGGCACAAGCCCGUCCCCAUCAAGCCAGCCCCUGUCCAGAAGUCAAGUACAGCCUCCACCCCCGUGCAGAGCGGGGCCAGUGUGGUGAAGCUGACCGGCGGGGGUGGCAACGUGACACUUACCCUGCCUGUCAACAACCUCGUGAACACCAGCGACACCGCGGCCUCCACGCAGCUCCUGGCCGAGAGUCCUCCCAUCCCGCUGUCCAAGGCCAACAAGAAAGCCAGGAAGAAGAGUCUGCCCGCCUCCCAGCCCUCGGUGGCUGUGGCUGAGCAGGUGGAGACGGUGCUGAUCGAGACCACAGCGGACAACAUCAUCCAGGCAGGGAACAACCUGCUCAUUGUGCAGAGCCCUGGCGGGGGCCAGCCCGCUGUGGUCCAGCAGGUGCAGGUGGUGCCCCCCAAGGCCGAGCAGCAGCAGGUGGUGCAGAUCCCCCAGCAGGCCCUGAGAGUGGUGCAGGCAGCUUCUGCCACCCUCCCCACUGUCCCCCAGAAGCCCUCCCAGAACUUUCAGAUCCAGGCGGCCGAGCCCACGCCUACUCAGGUCUACUUCCGUACGCCUUCCGGUGAGGUGCAGACGGUCCUCCUCCAGGACAGCUCCCCGGCAACGGCUGCACCCACCUCCACCACCUGCAGCAGUCCCGCCCCCCGGGCUCCCCACCCGAGUGGGACCAGCAAAAAGCACUCAGCCGCCAUUCUCCGGAAAGAGCGGCCCCUGCCGAAGAUCGCCCCCGCCGGGAGCAUCAUCAGCCUGAACGCAGCCCAGCUGGCAGCGGCGGCCCAGGCCAUGCAGACCAUCAACAUCAAUGGUGUCCAAGUCCAGGGUGUGCCUGUCACCAUCACCAACACCGGCGGCCAGCAGCAGCUGACGGUGCAGAAUGUGUCUGGGAACAACCUGACCAUCAGUGGGCUGAGCCCCACCCAGAUCCAGCUGCAGAUGGAGCAGGCCCUGUCCGGGGAGGCCCAGCCCGGGGAGAAGCGGCGCCGCAUGGCCUGCACGUGUCCCAACUGCAAGGAUGGGGACAAGAGGUCUGGAGAGCAGGGCAAGAAGAAGCACGUGUGCCACAUCCCCGACUGCGGCAAGACCUUCCGGAAGACGUCCUUGCUGCGGGCCCACGUGCGCCUCCACACCGGCGAGCGGCCCUUCGUCUGCAACUGGUUCUUCUGUGGAAAGAGGUUCACGCGGAGUGACGAGCUCCAGCGGCACGCUCGCACCCACACAGGGGACAAACGCUUCGAGUGUGCCCAGUGCCAGAAACGCUUCAUGAGGAGUGAUCACCUCACCAAACAUUACAAGACCCACCUGGUCACGAAGAACUUGUAAGGCCGCGGAGGCGGGAAGCCCGAGACGCGGUCCCCCGGUGGGAAGGAGGCCCGGCCGCCUGGGCCUGCCCUCGGCCCCUCCCUCCUCACGGAAGGGGCUCUGCUGCCCCACACUCGCCUCUCCUGAAGCCCAAGCUCUGCCCAACGAGACGUUCUAAGCCAGGACGAGUGGGAACCUUUAUUUCCAAAGGAAAAACAUGAAUUUCACUCCAUCGAGGAGCAAAGUGAGUCCCCUCCCCCCCACACUGCGAGAGUCGCAUCAUCGUGCCAUCACCUCCCUGCCCGGCCACCUCAGCGCCCCGGCCCUGCACCCAGGCCCCCGGGCACCCACCUCCACGCCACACGCCCUGCCCACCACUCUUCUCCAGCACAUUCCAACUUUCUAUUUAAACAAAACCACCACGGACUCCCCGACCCCCCUUUUCUAUGGAGAACGUUGCCUUAUACUCUCUUUCAGAUAAUGAACACUGUGUAUUGUGUGUGCUUUACAGUUUUAUUUAAUUGCUCCCUUCCUCCCGUUCUUGUUACUCACCUCCCCCAGGCCUACUUUCAGUUUAGGGUUUUGGGAGGCAGUGACGAGCAUAUGGGUUUUUUUCUCACUAGCAGUUCUUUUUCCUAAAUGACACAGCAUUUUAAUUUGAAUCUGGAUUCAGAUAAAAACUUCACACCCCGAACCUUUCCACUCUCCCUCAUCUCACCUCCCCUCCCAGCCCAAGCUCUAGUUCUGUACAGUGUAUAUUGUAUAAUAGACAAUUGUGUCUACUACAUGUUUAAAAACAUAUUGCUUGUUAUUUUUGAGGCUUUUAAAUUAAUAAACAAAAUACAACUUUAUUUUUAGUUGUAACUGCUUGAGGUAUGUUUUAUGAUUGACAGAUUUGUUAUCCUUUAUUAACGAUGUACUUUGUUCAGCAUUGGGCUGACAAAAAUUUUCCUUGCUAAUAAAUUUAGUUGCCUGAGGCAAAAU